AUGCCUCAAAUAAUCACCAAUUGUGCUGAGGUUAAAAGUGAGAAUUUGGAAAGUGGCAGGAAUGCGGUGGAGGUCAACGCGGAAGAUGAGUCUUCAAAGUCGCACACUCUGCAGACUACGACACCAUCAACGAUGGAAGUGGUGGUAGUGGAGGUAGCAGAGGCAGGCGUGACCAAAGGCGAGCGGAAGAGGGAAAAAUGGGACACGAAAAUUGACUUCCUUCUCUCCGUGAUUGGAUUUGCUGUGGACCUGGGAAAUAUAUGGAGGUUUCCCUACAUUUGUUAUCAAAAUGGCGGAGGUGCAUUUCUGAUACCUUACUUGUUGAUGUACAUCUUUGGCGGGCUACCACUAUUCUACCUGGAACUGGCACUCGGUCAAUUUCAACGUAGUGGAUGCAUUUCUGUGUGGAAUCGUAUCUGUCCCUUCUUCACAGGUCUGGGUUACGGGAUCUGCAUAAUUGCGAGUUAUACCGCGUGGUACUAUAACACUGUCAUUUCUUGGGCUGUCUUCUACAUGUUUGACUCAAUGCGUUUGCGUUUGCCGUGGGAUAGUUGCGACAAUUGGUGGAACACACCAAAAACUUGUAUCACUGUCUACCAAAAGUUAGUCACUGGAGCCAAUAAUUCGGACGCUGACAACGAUGACGCUCCCAAUACUCUGCAUGCUGUCAACACUACUGGUUACUACUCGUCAACUGAGCAAUAUUUCUAUAAUCGCGUGUUACAAAUACAAUUUUCGGACGGCUUUAACAAGAUGGGCACGGUUAGGUGGGAAGUCGCGCUUUGUCUGCUGGCUGUUUUUACUCUCGUCUACUUCGCGCUGUGGAAGGGUGUUAAAAGCAGUGGAAAGGCCGUAUGGAUUACAGCUACUCUACCCUACGUGAUACUCUUCAUCCUCCUUAUUCGCGGUCUUACACUCAGGGGCUCCCUUAAGGGAAUUCAGUACUACCUCUUGCCCGACUUUGGACGACUUAGGUCCAUUGAGGUUUGGAACGCUGCUGCAUCACAGAUUUUCUUUUCUCUCGGACCUGGGUUUGGUGUUCUCCUGGCCUUGGCUAGUUACAACAAAUUUCGGAAUAACUGCUAUUAUGAUGCAAUGUUAACCAGUGCCAUCAACUGCGCAACAAGUUUUCUGUCUGGAUUUGUAGUCUUCUCUGUGCUUGGUCACAUGUGUUACCGUAUGAAUAGAACCAUGGACACAGUCGCCAAUGAAGGUCCAAGCCUUGUCUUUAUCGCUUAUCCUGAGGCUAUUGCGACUUUGCCUGGCUCAACCUUUUGGGCCAUCAUCUUCAUGCUGAUGCUCAUCACCCUCGGUCUCGACAGCACUUUUGGUGGACUGGAAGCGAUAAUUACAGCCCUAUUGGAUCGUUGGCCAAAGUUGCGCAAGAAACGAGAAAUUGUCGUUUUGAUCAUGGUUAUCUAUUGUUAUGUGGGAGCUCUUCCCACCACAACAAAUGGUGGAUACUACAUCCUGACGUUGUUUGACACAUAUGGAGCGCCCUUUUCAAUUCUCUUUAUUGUCUUCUGCGAAUGUGUAGCACUGUGUUGGUGCUAUGGCGUAGGAAGAUUCACCCGAGAUGUUGAGUCGAUGCUGGGCUUUAAGCCAGGUUGGUUCUGGAGGAUUUGUUGGGCUGUUAUCAGUCCCGCCUUCAUGCUUGGCAUCUUCAUCCUCAACAUCACCUUCUUCCAUGCACCCAAGAUCACCGUUAUGGGCGAGACGGUGCUGGCGGACACUUGGGUGCAUGUCGUCUCUUGGAUGCUGGUCUUCUCUUCCCUCCUUACUAUCCCCAUCUUCGCAGUUGUUACUUUCUGCAGUGCGCGUGGAUCCUUUAAAGAGCGUCUGAAAUUGCUUUUCACUCCCGGAAUACGACCGUCCUUCUCCGACUUCCACGUCCAUCCGAACAGCUACAAGAAACAGGAAUUACAGAACAAAAAGGCGGAAGAAGAGGGAACAGCGCCCACAAAAUCUAAAGAAGGCGAGCCAGAGAUGGCUUGA